AUCUCAUCGGACAGAUCGCUCGGGGCCGAGAUACGGACACUUCCCAGCAGCCCAGUCGGCCUCAGAUCUCCAGAGUCCACAAUGCUUCCCUCGGGCCCCUCAGGCUUCUACAAUGCACCCGUGUCCAAGGGGGUGUUUCUGUUCGUCGGAAUCAACAGCCUACUCUCGGCCGUUUUCAAGUUCAAGCACAGCUUUCAUCUGCAGCUUUUCCCCCACAUUGUGCGCGACCACCAAUUCUGGAGACUGAUCUCAACUCAUUGCGCUUUCCGCAGCAGUGCAGAGAUCCUGUUCGGCAGCUUGUUGAUCUACCACAUGCGCUUAAUUGAGCGACAAUGGGGAACCUCCAAGUUCGCUUCCUUUGUGACAAUCACUUCGACCCUGUCAACCAUAUUCUACGUGGCCGUCCUCGCCUCGGGCCAUUACUUUGGCCUGAAAUAUGUGUCGUCGGGACCAUAUGCCAUUAUCUUUGCUGCCCUGUGGCAGUAUCAUGCAACUGUUCCGGCCACUUGGAAGUCGCAGUUGCUGGGCAUGAGCUUCAGCGACAAGUAUCUGCCAUACAUGAUGGCUGCCCAGCUCUUGCUGUCGUCGUUCCCAAACUCAGCCGUGGCCGGCGUCUGUGGCCUUGCCGCAGGAAUGCUCUAUCGACAACCGCUACUUCCCUUCCAAAAGUGGCGCUAUCCCCAGGCUGUUCGCAGCUUUUGCAAGGCGUGGAUCCUUCCCUUGCUGAUGUCCUCCAAUGUCCAGCGACCUUCCCUCACCAAUGUUCAGGAGCGUACACCUCGACCACCCGCCCCAAGAACCAGUAACCAUGAUGCCGACACUAUUGCCCAAGCUUCGACAGAAAAUCCUCCAGAGGAACAGAUCUCAGCCCUUGAAAGCAUGGGCUUCCAGCGCGAGGACGUCCUCGCCGCGUUGCGCAUGAGCGGCAAUGAUACAAAUCGAGCGGCUGCACUCUUGCUUGAUGGGCAGGAGGGUCAGAACAUGCAGUGAACCUGGGUACACCGAUUGACACGCUCUAUUUGAGGAUUGGGUCUUCGUCAUCGAGAGAGCCUUCUUAGCACGAUCCCGUUGCUGUGGACGGAUUAUAGCUACACGAAUCUUUGUUUCCGAGCCCUGUGAUGUGACAAAGUCUAUACUCGAAUUCUCAAUAUUGGCAUUGCCGUUCUGGAUCGUA